CUUUUAAAAAAAUUAGGGUUUUUUCUUAUAUAUUUUCUCGCGCUUUUUCUUCAUCCUCUUUCGACAACUCUAAUUGAUUCACUGGUAACUUUUUUAAGGUCUACAGAUCUAUUCAGAUUCUCUACUCAAUCUUUCCUCUUCUUCGCCAUGUUUUGGAAGCUCACAUCUUUAUCUGCCUCUUCUCCGGUGGAUUCAAUAUUAGACAAGGAAAAUUUUACUUUGGAAGAGCUUCUCGAUGAGGAAGAAAUAAUCCAAGAGUGCAAAGCAUUGAACAGUCGGCUCAUCAACUUUCUGCGAAAUAGAGCUCAAGUUGAGCAAUUAUUGCGAUAUAUUGUUGAAGAACCCCCGGAGGAUGCUGACAGAAAACGAGUCUUCAAGUUCCCAUUCGUAGCUUCUGAGAUAUUUUCUUGUGAGAUUGAUGUUAUUCUGAAGACUUUAGUGGAUGAGGAAGAGUUGAUCAACUUACUCUUCUCUUUCUUGGAACCAAACCGUUCUCACAGUGCCUUGCUUGCCGGUUAUUUCAGUAAGGUUGUUGUGUGCCUUAUGCUACGAAAGACUGUUCCAAUUAUGAACUAUGUUCAAGUACAUCAAGAUGUGUUUCGCCAAAUGGUUGAUUUGAUAGGAAUCACAUCCAUCAUGGAGGUUUUGGUUCGAUUAGUAGGAGGUGAUGAUCAUGUAUAUCCCAAUUUUUUGGAUGUAAUGCAAUGGUUAGCUGAUAGUGAUUUGCUGGAAAUGAUUGUGGAUAAAUUGAGUCCAUCUUGUCCUCCUGAAGUUCAUGCUAAUGCAGCAGAAACAUUAUGUGCAAUAACACGGAAUGCCCCGUCAGCCUUGGCGACUAAACUCUCUAGUCCAAGCUUUGUUUCAAGGAUAUUUAGUCAUGCAUUGGAAGAUUCACAUUCAAAAUCUGGCCUUAUACACUCACUCUCAGUUUGUAUCUCAUUAUUGGAUCCCAAAGGAUCAGCAAUUGUUUCUCCCUUGAUGCAUUCUUUCCGACAUCAACAUAUGUAUGAGCCUCCAAUCCCUGUGAAUUCGGAGACUAUAUAUGCAAUGUUGCCUAAGCUCGGUAACUUACUCAUGCUACUGAAUGUUUCCUCUGAUGAGAAAAUUUUGCCUACCACAUAUGGAGAAUUGAGGCCGCCUCUCGGGAAGCAUCGUCUAAAGAUUGUGGAGUUCAUUGCUUUGCUGUUAAGAAAUGGAAAUGAAGCUGCAGAGAAGGAAUUGGUGAGCUCAGGAACCAUUCAACGAGCUCUUGAUCUUUUCUUCAAGUACCCAUACAACAAUGCAUUACAUCAUCAUGUGGAAAGUAUAAUAUUAUCCUGCCUUGAAAGCAAGAAUGAUUCCAUAGUUGAUCAUCUUCUUCAAGAAUGUGAUUUGAUUGAGAAAUUUCUUCAAACUGACAAAAAUCCAAUUCUUUCUGGUGACGGUAAUCAGCCAACUUUACCUGCUGCUGGAAAAUGUGCAUCUCGGAUAGGAAACAUUGGACAUAUUACACGCAUUUCAAAUAAAAUUCUACAGUUGGGAAGCAACAACAGCCGCAUUAAGGCAUGUCUACAGGAAGUUUGCGAAUGGAAUGAGUGGCAAGUUAAUGUUUUGCAAGAACGUAAUGCAGUUGAAAAUGUUUAUCGAUGGGCUUGUGGCCGCCCAACAGCAUUCCAAGACAGAACAAGGGAUAGCGACGAGGAUGAUAUUGAUCGAGAUGAGGAGGAUGUGUACUUCGACGAUGAAUCUGCUGAGGUUGUCAUAUCAUCCUUGAGGCUCGGUGAUGACCAAGGGAGUCUGUUCACAAAUUCCAACUGGUUUGCGUUCCAAGACGACAAAGUCGGUAUGGCUGCUUCCCCCACAGAGGUAAUGGAUGAGAUUAACUUGAAUGGCGACGCAAAUGGUGGUAACAGCAGUAGUGAUGAUGAGGUGGUAGUUGGAGAGGAGGAUGAGUUAAAUGAAAUCAAGCAGUCUAUGAAUGGCACAUCCACAUGCAAUUCGACGAAUGGAUUUAACAAUUCCAUGAGCGGUGGAGACUUGAAUCUCCAGGGGGAGAAAACAGCUUCUAACGAUAUGGGAUUCUUCAGGUUUGAUACAACCAAAAACGAAGACUUGUUUGGAGAUAGGCCUUUACCUGAGUGGGUGGGCUGGGGAGAACCACCUUCAGAUUUCCAAUUUGGUGGUUCGAGCAAGAACCCAUUUCUCGACGAUGACAGCUCAGACGUCAAUGUACCUGUAAAAGCAGAUAGAGUGAUCCCCUCUAAUAGGGAAUUCAUACUUGAAAACGGUUCCUCGGACUCUAUGGAUACGAGUGACGGAUCGGCAAGCAGUGAUGUAAGUCCGAAAUCUCCACCGCCUGUGCGCUCUUUAUUUGAAGAGGACGUCGAGUUCGUGGGUUUGGAAUCAGAAGGCACGGAGAAGGCAAUGGAACAAGCCUUGAAAGAAGGGUUAGUUGGUGAAGCAGGACCAUUGAAGAGGAACAUCAUUCCUAUGGUACCCGAAAAGGAGAAUUCCGAUGAAGUUGGUGGUGGUGGGGUAAAGGAGUUCAAUGAUGCAAACUAUUGGAGGGUUGAUCAAGAGGCUGUUGUUUCAGAGUAAUGCUGGUCGAACAUAUUUGUAGCUGAACAUGGAAGUUGGAUCGAAGAACGAUAUUGCGGUGUACUUACGGUUUCCAACGAGUGCUGAAACAGCAAAAUUCAUAUGUACAGUAGAAUUUUGUUUCCAGAUGGUAUUGAAACGGGAGGCUGUGCUAUUUGGUUAAUUACAUGUUCAUUAGUUUAGUGUUCAAGGUUUUGUUACUUCCUGUGACUGGCCAAUGUUCAUCUCAAAUCAAUAUGUUAAUGGUUGUAAUA